AUGUCUUCACAUGCAAGCCUCACCACCACGUACCGAGCCCGCGCUGGACUGCCCACCACGGGUCCCCUGGCUUCAUACCUACUGAGGCUCAUUUCGAUAAAACAGUCGAACCUCUGCCUAUCAGCCGACGUAGAUACCUCAGCCGAACUACUACAACUCGCCGAGGAGGUGGGCGACUCGAUAUGCUUAUUGAAGACACACUGCGACAUCGUCUCCGACUGGUCGGAUAGGACAUCUCAAGCACUAAGAGAGAUUGCGAGGCGGAAGCGCUUCCUCAUCUUCGAAGACCGAAAGUUUGCAGAUAUUGGAGAAACCGUACAAAAACAGUAUACGUCCGGACACCAUCGCAUAUCGCUUUGGGCCGAGAUCACGAAUGCCCAUGUUCUUCCUGGUCCCGCUAUUGUUACUGCCCUUGAGAAAGCAGCAGAUUCAACUAUUGCAAAGUACAAUACAGCCGUACACACCGAGAUCUCCGCCUCCCCACGCACAUGGCCAAUCAACGGGAUAGACGAUGACGACGAGGACGAUGAGAAGGACACACCUGCCGAUUCCGCCCUUGAGUCACCUAUAGAAUUGGAGAACGAGGAGAGGCGACUAAGUGUCAAAGCCACCGACAGGAAACAAAGCGUCGUGAGCGUCACCACCUCCAUAUCGAUGCGAACAGAAGCCAUAUCGCCUCGCCCCGAGUCGAGUGCGUCUGGCGAUGAGCACUUUAGCCUCGACACAGCCACCGAGCUCCUCCGCCUCGGUGAAGUGCCAUUCCUCCGUUCACUCCUCCUACUCGCAGAGAUGAGCUCUGAAGGCCACCUCAUGACGCCAGAAUAUCAGAAGAAGACCGUGGAUAUUGCGCGCAAACACCGUGACUUUGUCAUGGGCUUCAUCGCACAGCGAAGCCUGAAUACCGAACCAGAGGACAACUUCAUUACCAUGACACCGGGCUGCCAAUUACCGCCUCCGGGUCAAGAAGGGAAGAAAUUAGGCGAUGACCUGGGCCAGCAGUACAACACCCCUCGAAAACUCAUCUUCGAGCAAGGAUGCGAUGUCAUCAUUGUUGGACGAGGCAUUGUGCGCGCGCAGGAUCGAAAAUCCGAGGCUGAGCGCUACAAGAAGGCUGCGUGGGCUGCGUACGAGGAGAGGAUUGGGAAAGCGAAUUAA